AUGUCCCGCCACUCGAGGCAGGACUACCACGCCUAUACCCAGCCGGCCCACGCAAGAUGGUCGCCCUCGCCGCCCAUGAACCGCCUGUCGAACCCCAUCGACCCUAGGCUGGCCACCCGCAUGGCGCAGCCGGCGCAGGAGCUCAUACCCCAGCCACAACCCACCUCCUCGACCACCAUGUCGCAGCUCCAUCAAGUCGCUGCUCCACCGCCCGCUCCUCCGGCCACAUCGGCCACGCCUGCGCCCUCGUUCCAGUCCAACGCCGAUAUCGUCCAGGCAGUCCAGACCAUGAAUGCCCAGCUGACCGGCCAGCUCUCGAUGAUGGGCACGCAGCUGGCCUCGCUCGUAUCGCUCACAUCGCGCCUUAUCGAGAUCACGCAGCUCUCAUCUAACUCGGCUGCGGCAGCAGCAGCGUCAGCGGCGCCUGCGUCGGCGGUCGACACGCCCGCUCGGGCGAAUCGGAACCAGGGCGUCGGCAUCAAUGCCGCCGCCACGGAUCGGACGAUGAGUCCGCAACAGGCGAGCACCGCCGCUGCCGACGCCGCGCCGUCGCAGCCGCCGCCGCAACCGGUGGGAGGCGGGCGCGGAGGCAGUCGUGCUCAGAACGGUGGUCUCGCCGACGGCAUGACCAUGCCGAACAGCGCGGCGCGUCCCGAGACGAGGUCUGGCAACUUCUACAACGCGGCGUCUGGAUACCGAGCGGCCAACGGAGGAACCGCUACGGGGUCCUCGCUGGAUCGGGCAGCGUUUGGAUCGACGCUGCGAGCUGCCUCGCCAUCCAACUCGAGCCCCUCUGUCGUGCAGCUCUCCUCUGGCACGGGUGCCGGGCGGAGCCAGCAGCAGCAGGUGCAGCAGAACGCCGCGAUCGAGGCGGUCGACACGCACAAGAGCCGGCUGCCUAGCCCCGUGUUUGUCGACGACGAUCCCGUCGGUAUCGCUGCCGGCCCGCUCGCGGACAGCACCCCGCAGCAGCAGACGCCCAGCAGCAACAGCACGACGCGUAAGCAGCAGGCUGCCGCCGCAGCCGCUGCGGCGGCCAACGCGUCGGCCGGUGGCGAGGCCAACGACUCGUCGUCCAAAAAGGCGGCCGAGUCUACGCUGGGCGACUGGAAGGACUGGCUGGAUCAGAAGUGGAAGCCGUCGGCCGCGGAGCAAGGCCGGACGGUCAAGUACCGCACCAUGCAGUCGGCCAGGCGGGCGCACAAGGACAUGACCAAGCGCAGCAUGGCCACGCUGGGUCGGCUGCCGCUCAAGGAGUUCCUCGAGAUCAAGCCGGAGCAGUACCUCAACGUGCGCAAGACUGGUCGAAAGGUCUACUCGGAGUGGCUCUACCAGGAAGUUCGGCUGGCCAAGCAGCCUGAGGACAGGCUCAAGGCCGCCAUCAACCGCAUCGAGCACGAGCACCCUGCGCUGGGAGACUGUGAGGACCACUGGAAGUCCAAGCAGCUGCUGCAGCAGAUCAUCGACAACGCGAUCGACGAAGCCAACCUGCACAGGAAGAAGGAGGCCCGCUCGAGUAAUGUCAAUGGCGCGCUGGGCGACACGAGCCAAUCGACACCGCGCAGCAACGUGGGCGACUCGAGCAAGGUCCGCGCCACCAAUUCCAAGGGGGAUAGCGCCAAGAAGAGCGCCGCCGCCACGCCGGCCAGCGCAGCGCCGUCAGCAAAGGCAGCAAGAGCGGGCACUCGGAGAAAGGCCGACCAGGCUGAGCUGGAAGAGACGCCGUCUCGUUUCCGCGCGCCACCGGCUCCGCACCAGGCUGAGAUCAGCUUGUCAUCGUCGACCUCUUCGCGCCGUCCAGAGGACCAGCCCGUGCAUGCGCAGAACUCGCUGAGCUCCGGCAUGGGCGACUCGGCCACGCAGGCGCGAUCCGCUCUCAGCCAGCGCCUCGCUGGCGGCGAGGAUCGGGUCGGAUACCUGGACUACUCGGGCUACGGCAACCCCGACACCUCUAGCCUGGCGUCUGUCGGCUCGGACCAGACCCGCGGAGCUGGAGGCAACGCGAGCGGCGCCGGCAAUCAAGCGUGGCCUGCAGCGGCGCAAGGGCACACGUCGAGCCUUUUCUCGCAGUCUUCGUAUGCACAGCAUCAGGCUGCUCCACAGCAGCAGCAGCAACAGCAGCAGCAACAGCAGCAACAACAACAGCAGCAGCAGCAACACCACCAACAGCAGCAGCAGCAGCAGCAGCAACAGCAGCAGCAACAACAUCAACAACACCAGCAACAUCAGCAGGCACACCAGCACCACGCGCAUGCGCACCAGCAGCAGCCGCAGCCGCACCAACACCAACACCAGCAGCACCACACGCAGCAGGCACAGCAGCAGCAGCAACAGCAGCAGAGCCAGCACUCGGCGCUGACCCACCAAGCCUAUGCCAGCCACCACGGCAGCGCCCACGCCAACCACUACCUGGGCUCCGACUCGCAGCAGCACCACCAUGCCUCGUCUGCAGCCGGGCUGGGAUCGUCGUCGUCAUCGUCGCUGCUGGAACCGGGCGCGCACGAUGGCCACCGCACGCAUUCGCACUCGCACCUCUCGCCUCUGGUCCACGGCGGCGGCGUGCGCCUCUCUGCCAACACGGCGUCGAACCAGAACGCCUUUGCCUUUGACUAUCGCCACCACGGCUAA